GAUGAAGACAAUUAUUUGAGAAUUGAAGAGCAGCCAUAUAAAUGUAAUGAAGAUGUAGAGACCUGCAGUGAUUUCCAGUCCUUUCAGAAGCAUGAAAUGAGGAACACUGUAGAGAGACCCUGUGAAUACGGAAAAAAUGAGGAGGAGAGAUCUGAUCUUAGUGAAAAAAUUCACUCUGGGCAGAAAAUUUUUGUAGGUAACAAAAGUGUGAAAGCCCACACAACACCUAACAGUGUUCAAACCCCCAAGACAAACCGCAAUUUGGGAAACCCCUAUGUACAAAAACACUAUGAGAAUAUUUCUAUUUCUUCAUCCAAUAUUGAAAAACCUGUUAGAAAAUAUGGUAGAGAGAAAUAUCAUAGAAUUGAAAAAUAUGCAAAAGCAUUAUCUCACAGUAAUUUCUUUAAAAAACAUAAGAAACUUCACACUGGAAAGCAACAGUAUGAAUGCAAGCAAUGUGGAGCAGCAUUCAGUAAACUCAGUGGCUGUCACAGUAAUAAAAACAUUCACACUGGGGAGAAAUCCUUUGCAUGCAACAAAUGUAGGAAAGCAUUCAGUACGGCCUCUGCUUGUAAAGUACAUGAUAGAAUUCACACUGGGGAGAAAUCCUUUUUAUGUAAGCAAUGUGUGAAAUCUUUCAAUCAAAAGUCUAACCUUCUUAGACAUAAAAGAAUUCACACAGGGGAUAAACCCUAUGUAUGCAACAAAUGUGGGAAAGCAUUCAGUACAUCCUCUGCUUGUAAAGCACAUGAUAGAAUUCACUCUGGGGAGAAACCAUUUCCCUGUAAACAAUGUGGGAAAUCUUUCUGUCAAAGAAGUAACCUUAUUAAACAUGAAAGAAUUCACACUGGGGAGAAACCCUUUGCAUGCAACAAAUGUGGGAAAUCUUUCAAUCAAAAGCCUAGCCUUCUUAUACAUGAAAGAGUUCACACUGGGCAGAAACACUUUGCAUGCAACAAAUGUGGGAAAGCAUUCAGUACGGCCUCUGCUUGUAAAGCACAUGAUAGAAUUCACUCUGGGGAGAAACCCUUUGUAUGUAAGCAUUGUGGGAAAUCUUUCUAUAAAAAGACUAACCUUAUUAGACAUGAAAGAAUUCACACAGGUGAUAAACCCUAUGUAUGCAACAAAUGCGGGAAAGCAUUCAGUACAUCCUCUGCUUGUAAAGCACAUGAUAGAAUUCACACUGGGGAGAAACACUUUGCAUGUCACAAAUGUGGGAAAUCUUUCAGUCAAAACAGUGACCUUAUUAAACAUGAAAGAAUUCACACUGGGGAGAAACCCUUUGGAUGCAACAAAUGCGGGAAAGCAUUCAGUACAUCCUCUGCUUGUAAAGCACAUGAUAGAAUUCACACUGGGGAGAAACACUUUGCAUGUCACAAAUGUGGGAAAUCUUUCAGUCAAAACAGUGACCUUAUUAAACAUGAAAGAAUUCACACUGGGGAGAAACCCUUUGGAUGCAACAAAUGCGGGAAAGCAUUCAGUACAUCCUCUGCUUGUAAAGCACAUGAUAGAAUUCACACUGGGGAGAAACCCUUUGCAUGUAAACAAUGCGGGAAAUUGUUCAGUCAAAACGGUGACCUUAUUAAACAUGAAAGAAUCACACUGGGGAGAAACCCUUUGUAUGUAAGCAUUGUGGGAAAUCUUUCAAUAAAAAGACUAACCUUAUUAGACAUGAAAGAAUUCACACAGGUGAUAAACCCUAUGUAUGCAACAAAUGUGGGAAAGCAUUCAGUACAUCCUCUGCUUGUAAAGCACAUGAUAGAAUUCACACUGGGGAGAAACCCUUUGCAUGUCACAAAUGUGGGAAAUCUUUCAAUAAAAAGACUAACCUUCUUAUACAUGAAAGAAUUCACACUGGGGAGAAACCCUUUGCAUGCAACAAAUGUGGGAAAGCAUUCAGUACCUCCUCUGCUUGUAAAGUACAUGAUAGAAUUCACACUGGGGAGAAACCCUUUGCAUGCAACAAAUGUGGGAAAGCAUUCAGUACGUCCUCUGCUUGUAAAUCACAUUAUAGAAUACACACUGGGGAGAAACCCUUUGUAUGUAAGCAAUGUGGGAAAUCUUUCUGUCAAAGCAGUCACCUUAUUACUCAUGAAAGAACUCACACCCUAUAGAACAUCUAUGGUACAACCAAUAUAUCAAAACAUUCAGUGUACAGAAGUGCUGAAAAUGAACCCUUUCCAUUGAUGUAAGUAAUUUGUGAUGUAUUUUAGCUAUAAUUGUAGCUUUUUUGUAUAGAAAAAAAUUCACUCUAUAAAAAUAUCUCUAUCUAUAUGAGAAAUGAUUCAAUGGAUUUGUUUAUACAUUCUCACUUUAUAACAUCAAAUAUAUCACACUGGGAAAAAAUCCUAUGAACAUAAGGAAUAUAGAAAGACUUUCCAUACCAUUGAGAUUGCCACUACAGUUAAGAACUCCCUCUGUGUAGUAAUUCUAUGCAAUUGAACAAUGGUAGAUCAUACAUAGCACACAAAAAUGCCAUAGGGAAAUUUUGCAUACAAGGAAGAUAUCAUAUAUAUGUAGGCAGUGUGGCAAAGGUUUGCUGCAGUGCUUCCCUUUUGAAAACAUAAGAUUCCUCUCACAUUGGGGAGUAACUGCAUGUAAGGAAGAUUUGGUAAAAGUUCAGCUGAUAGCUGCUAACCUUCUGAGUGAUGUCAUAAUAUGUCCCAAGAUUAUGUAUGCAAUGUGGGAAAGUAUUCAGUAUACAGGUUUAUUGUCAAAAGUGUGAAAGUAAUCUGAGUUAAGUGAAAUCAUACAUAUGUAAGGGACUAUUUUGAAAAUAAUUUCAAAAUUAGUCAUGUAGAGGAGACCUGCCAAAAUAUUAUAAAAUAAUUUCUGUCAAUAUAUGCUCAUACAUUUUUG